UCUUUCAAAAAUCAUCAUUACGAGUCUACGACUAAAUCAAAUCAACCAUUAUUCUAUUCUUCAUCUUUCUCAUUCAACCCUAAUCGCAAUUUUUCAGCAUUAAUUGUAAAAUUCGCCUGAAAUUCAACCAAACUUUUAUGAGCAUCGACGUCGCCGAGAUUUAUUACUCAUAUUAAUAACAAGGAACACAAUGUUUUUCAAGUCGUCCUCUGAGGAGUUGGGUUCAUAUUAUCCUGUGAGAGCUGAAUGUGCAGGUGAUGUUCCCAAGACCCGGUUUAAAGCGAGGGUUGGUAAAACUUUAAGCCCAAGAAGAUGGAAUGCGGCAUUUACCGUGGAUGGCCAUUUGGAUAUAGCUGCCAUUCUUAGAAGAAUCCAAAGAGGGGGGAUUCAUCCUACCAUUAAAGGGGUAGUCUGGGAGUUCUUGUUAGGUUGUUUUGAUCCCAACAGUACAUUUGAUGAAAGAAAUGAUAUCAGGCGACAAAGAAGGGGACAGUAUGAUGCACUGAAAGCUGUAUGUCAAAAGAUGGUACCUACUGUUGGCAGUGGAAAGUUCAUCACAACGCCUGUAGUUACUGAUGAUGGCCAACCAGUACCAGAUCCUCAAAACAAUACUUAUGCCAUCACAAAUUCUGGUCAAUUAGACCAAAGGGAGAUUCAAUGGAUGCUAAGCCUAUCCCAAAUUGGUUUGGAUGUCGUACGGACUGAUCGCACGCUUGUAUUCUAUGAGAAUGAAGCUAAUCAGGCAAAGCUUUGGGAUAUUCUAGCUGUCUAUGCUUGGAUGGACAAAGAUAUUGGGUAUGUUCAAGGAAUGAAUGAUAUAUGCUCUCCCAUGGUUAUUCUUAUCGAACAUGAAGCAGAUGCCUUCUGGUGCUUUGAGCGAGCAAUGCGUAGGCUUAGGGAAAACUUCAGGUGUACGUCGAGUGCUAUGGGUGUUCAAUCUCAACUGGGAACCCUUUCACAAAUUGUUAAUACUAUUGACCCAAAACUCCAUCGGCACCUUGAGGAGCUGGAUGGCGGGGAAUAUUUAUUUGCUAUUCGUAUGCUGAUGGUUCUGUUUCGAAGAGAGUUUUCGUUUGUGGAUGCAAUGUAUCUCUGGGAGGUCAUGUGGGCGAUGGAGUACAAUCCAAAUAUCUUUACAUUAUAUGAGGAAUCAAGGGAUGCAUCUUCUUCCCGUAGUCAAGGUGAAGGUAAAGUGAAGCAUAAGAAGAUGCUCAAGCAGUACGGGAAAUUUGAGAGAAAAAAUUUAGAAACUGGAUGGACAGACCAGAGAGGUGCUCUCGCGGUGUUCCUUGUUGCUAGUGUACUUCAGAAGAAGAAUAAGAGACUCUUACGAGAGGCUCAAGGCAUGGAUGAUGUCGUUCAGAUCUUGGGCGAAAUCACUGGAAAUUUGGACGCGAAAAAAGCAUUAAAAGAGGCAUUGAGCGUUCAUAAGAAGUAUUUAAGCAAGUCGAAAAAGUCGUGACGUGGCCUCGUCUAUUGUGAGCACAUUUUGCUCAUGGCUCCCCUACAUUUCCUUGAGCUUUUUUGGUACAUAAAAUUUUGAUCCCAAGUCAUUGUAUUCGUAUCACUCCAAUUCUAUUUUAUUGUUUUUCAUAUUUGAAGAACUGCCUGAUCGUUAUUGUCUAUAGAAAUAUAAAUCUCGUUGUAGUUGAACUUGUGAUGAUAGAAAUGAAAGUGAGCUUAAUAAUUCUACCUAAAAUUAUGACGUUCAAGAAAAUGAUCAUUUUGAAGGAGAGAAA